CAUCUUGUUUUAUUUGCAAGUCUGGAAUAUAGAAGUAGCCUGUGAGAGAGACGUUUUUUUUAGGGUGGCAAUGUAUCUUGCUCGCUAGCUGACGCAACGAUCGGUUUCUGCGUUAUAUUCCAGUAAUUGUCCUGUUCAGUCAUUGAAGUCCCCGAUCCCCGGUGGUGAGUCCAGUCCACGGAGAAAGGUUUGGCUUAUCUGAUUUCUGUGUAGAGCAGCUAAGAUGAAUGGAGGAUAAAUGUUGCUGAAGGCGGACGGCAGCAGUUUCGCUCUUCUCCUAUCCCUCUUCGCCCUGACCCUUACAGACCCUCCACAGACAGGUCCACAUCUUGCAUUGGCUGGACUGUUAUCAGAGCAGCGCUGUGCGGUGGGGCAGUUCUCCUGCCACAGCGGGAAGGUGCAGUGCAUCCCACAGGCCUGGCACUGUGACGGCUGGGCCGCCUGCGAGGACAAGAGCGAUGAGCGGGACUGUCCCCCCCUGAAGGAGGAACGGUAUCGCUAUGGUAACGGCUUUGACCAAUUGGAGGAGGUGAUGGGUGUGGCCCAGCCUGUGCGUUUCAACAAAAAGUGCCCCAAUGGCUGGCAUCACUACGAGAAGACGGCCAGCUGCUAUAAGGUGUACCUGCGGAACGAGAACUACUGGCAGGCGGUGGACACCUGUCAGAAGGUCAACGGCUCGCUGGCCACCUUCGGCACGAACGAGGAGCUGCAGUUCAUUCUGAAGAUCCAGGUGGACUUUGACGACAACGUGUGUGAGAGAAAGGACCAAUGCAAGUUCUGGGUGGGGUAUCAGUACGUGAUCAGCAGUCAAAACCACACGCUGGAGGGCCGUUGGGAGGUGGCGUAUAAAGGGUCCAUGCAGGUGUUCCUGCCUCCAGAGGGGCUGACACGUUUCGGGGAGGGGGCGGCCACGCCCAGCCAGGACAGCGUGUUCUGCGCCCAGCUGCAGCGCUUCCACAUGGGCAGCAUGAACGAGCGCGGCCUUCACAGCUGGCACGCCGACAACUGCUACAAGAAGUUCCCCUUCCUGUGCAAGCGCCGGCAGACGUGUGUGGACAUUAAGGAUAACGUGGUGAGCGAGGGGUACUACUUCACGCCGAAGGGGGACGACCCGUGCCUGAGCUGCACGUGUCACGCGGGGGAGCCGGAGAUGUGCGUGGCCGCUCUCUGUGAGAGGCCUCAGGGCUGCCAGCACUUCCGCAAGGACCCCAAACAGUGCUGCAAGUUCACCUGCCUGGACCCCGACGGGAGCAGCCUGUUCGACUCCAUGGCGAGCGGGAUGCGAUUGGUGGUCAGCUGCAUCUCGUCCUUCCUCAUCCUGUCCCUCCUGCUCUUCAUGGUGCACCGGCUGCGUCAGCGGCGGAGGGAGCGCAUCGAGACGCUGAUCGGAGGCAACCUGCAUCAUUUUAACCUGGGCCGCAGAGUUCCUGGUUUUGAGUACGCACCCGACGCGUUUGGCACGGGUCUGACCCCACUGCACCUCUCUGACGAUGGGGAGGGGGGUGCCUUUCACUUCCAGGAGCCCCCGCCACCCUACUACAAAUACCCAGACAUCCCCCCACCCCCCUACGAGGCAUCCGUCAACCCCAACAGCGCCCUCUACCUGCAGCUUGGGCGGGACGUUCCUCCACCAGCCAAUGGCGGCCAGCCGCAGGCGGAGCCUGAGGAACCUGAGCAGGAAGUCCCUGAAUCUGGCCCCGCCCUUGGGGAGCACCGCCCCCCACAGCAACGUGAGGAUUCCAUCGACAGCAACACCCUCCUGGUGGGGCCGGACACGCCCACAGAGGGCGGUGUCAUGGACGCCAUGUCGACAGAGAGCCCUGGCAGUGGCACUGUCAGCACGGCGGUUUAG